UUGAAUAUUGCCACAUUUCCAGUCCCUCGGUUACUCAAAUUGGUAGCUAAUAUUUUGACAUCCAUUUGUCGUUCUAACGAUCGUAUUCCUUGUACACCAAUGUCAGUAUUUCAUUCAAGAGCGGUACCCCAUAUUCAAAUUGCAGACUAUAUGACUCGAAUACUCAAGUUUACUCCUUAUUCCAACGAAGUUUUACUAUGCAUGCUCAUUUACUUUGACCGGAUUGCUGACAGUAAAACCAACGCCAUCACUUUGAAUUCUUUGAACAUUCAUCGUUUCAUCAUUACAAGCAUUGUCAUUGCCACUAAAAGUACUUCAGAUAUCUAUUAUCGAAAUUCUCGUUAUGCCAAGGUGGGUGGGAUUACUUUACAAGAACUUUAUCAUCUUGAAUUGGAAUUCUUGAAGCUCUGUGACUUCAGGGUCCAUGUACCAUUAGAACAAUUACAACACUAUGCAGAUCAAGUA